UUGUAUUUUUAAAGGAUGGAGUCAAUACAAACUAUGUCAAAUAGAAUCCGUGCAAUGCGUGAAGCUUUAGUUGGAAAUCUCAAACAACUAGGAACCCCUGGUAACUGGAAUCAUAUUAUUAAACAAAUUGGAAUGUUUUCAUAUACUGGAUUAAAUGAGGAACAAGUUGCCAAUCUUAUUAAAGAUCACCAUAUUUAUUUACUUAAAUCAGGACGUAUCAAUAUGUGUGGCAUAAAUGAAAAUAAUGUAGAAUACAUUGCAAAAGCCAUAUAUGAUGUUGUUACUAGAACAGAGAGUAAACUGUAAUAAAGUUAAAAAGGAUUAAUGAACUCCUGUAGAUUUAAACUGGCACAAAUAAUAGAGACAAAUAAAUGUAAUAUGGUUUUCAUAAAUGACUAAAAAUGCACACAUACUAAGCCAAACAUACUAAUGAAAUAAUGCAAACUUCGAAAACUAAUUAGGGAAUCUAAUAGUAUUAUAUAUUGAUGCAUUAAAUCCCUAUGGUACAAGAGAAUAAAAAACAAUAACUAUAAUGAACAAUAUCAGAAAUCGACCCACUGAAAUUAUUUUUGCAUAUAAAACAAUUUUACCAAUAUUUGUAAUAGAAUUUACUUCAACUUUUACAAUAUGUUUUAUUAAUUAUUAAAAUUAUUAUAGUGCGUAUAUAUUUAUUAGU